GAACGAACAAACAUGCAGCUCGAUUCUUUGCUUUGAGAUCAAGCCAUUUGAUUCUUUCAUCGUUUUCCCAAAAAUAUCCUUUCGGCAUGAGAAGAACUCUCGCUCAGACUCCCUUUUCAGUCUACCUCUCUCCCAAUUACCUGUAAAUGGACCUUUCAGUGAUAGCACAUUCGCUGUGAGAGGAGUCUCUCAUCCUCCAGCUUUCUUGUUGGCCAUGGUCACCACCAGAAACCAGAAGACCUGGCUUCCUUAUGAGCCACCAAAAGACUGCUCCAUGGGCUUAUGCAGCAUCUAUUGCCACCACUGGUGCUACACCUUCUUCUCGCCUCCUCCCCCUAUCUUACUCUCCGAUGAGAGCUCACGGUCGACGACCUUCUCCCCCCUCGUGAUCGCAGUCGUCGGAGUCCUCGCGACCGCCUUUCUCUUCGUGAGCUUCUACGCCAUCGUCUCCAAGUACUGCUGCACGUCCGAGUCGCUCCGGCGGCAGCAACAUCGAUCGGACGCCGACGACCACGAGCUGGCCGAUGACCUUGGCCAGUCAUCCCGCGGCGACCCGUGGCAUGUCUCUCCAACCCACGGGCUCGACCAGGCCCUGAUCAACAAAAUCACGUUGUGCAAGUACAAGAGAGGUGAUGUCUUGGUGGAGGGCACCGACUGUUCUAUAUGCCUGGGCGAGUUCCGGGAGGACGACAGCCUCCGGUUGCUUCCAAAGUGUAGCCACGCCUUCCAUCUUCCCUGCAUCGACACUUGGCUGAAGUCGCACUCGAAUUGCCCGCUCUGCCGGGCUGACAUCGUGGUAACGGAUGCAGAGCAGCCGCCAGCUCCUCCAGCUCCGGUGGACAUUCCACAGGUCGAAGACAUCCAACAUAGCGACGAGAUGGGGCCGCUCAGAGAGGAUUCAGCAGUCGUCGGCGGAGAAGAGGAAAACCAGCUGGAGAACAAGAUCGAGAUAUCGCCACAAACACAUGGAAACUUGGAAGGGAUGGAGAGCAACGCAAUAGUCGAGAUAAGAGACUCUGACUUCCAAACACUUGGGAGAUCGGCUUCAAUGGGAUCUUUGCAUCGCGGAGGGGAAGUAAGCAUGAUGGACGAAUUUGUAGCUGCGAAGGAAAACGGAGUUUGGAUUGGAACUACUUCCUCAACGGGGAGGGGAGGAGGGGAUCUCAAGGACAACAGCAGGAACAGUAGACCGCAACUUGUUGUGAGCACAGCACAGAUGAAGAGAUCCUUCUCCAGUGGGAGGUUCGGCAUGAGUAGGAACGGGAGAGGAAGGAAUGCGAUCCUUCCGAUGUAAGAAGAAUAUUCUUAGUCGGAAAAGGAAUGGCCGUCCAGCAUGAGAGAAAGCGUUGGUCACUACUCGUGUGCGGUGAAACAGUAAAAGAUUCACUCUUCGGUAAGCUCGGGUAAGUCUAAAACAGUCCUUACUUGUCUCAACAAAGGAGAUUUUUCUGUCACAGUGGUCAUAAAUCCUGUUGAUAUCGCAUCCGCACCUCAUAGUGUGAGUUUUCGAGGACUUGCAAUUCCAAGAAAUGUGCUGCAUAAUAAUAGAUCAAAUUGUAUUAGCUACUACUGUUAUCCCGGAUGACCAUCGGUCAAUCGGUCAAUGCAAACAAACAGCAAUAACAAUAAUACUAUAUCCAGUGACACGCUAUGAAGUCA